AUGCCGUUGGAUACAUCCAUGUUCGAAACCAACACGGCAGCUCCCAUGGGCCUGGGUGACUUUCAAGCCCGUCAACGAGCGCUCAAGCAACAGGAGCGCAGGCGCAAGAGCGACUGUGCCGAGCAAAUGCGCAAAAUUCAAUUUGGUGGCUUGAAUCAAACUGACAUCCAACUUGCAGAGAUCAAGCGCGAGGCACGAAAGAGCCAUGCUGAUGCGGCCAAGUUUAUGCAUGAGAGUCUGAGCAAGGCGUCACAGGGCUGCGAUGCUCAAUUCUUGCGCGACAAGGCCAUCAAGGAGGAGGCACGUCAAAAACAGUUGGCGGCAAAUAAGAUGCGACACAGCUACAAGGGUGGUGUGAAUGAAGAUGACUUGAAACUGUCCGAGAUCAAAAAGGAGGAGCGAAUGAAAAAACAGGAAGUGGAGGAACUCAACCGAGGAUACAAAGGCGGUGUCCGAGAAGAGGAUCUCAAACUAGCAGAGCUCAAGAAGGAAGAACGUCUCAAGAAGCAAGCUGCUGAAGAAAGCAACCGAGGAUACAAAGGCGGAGUCCGAGAAGAGGAUCUCAAGUUAGCGGAAAUUAAGCGUGAGGCCCGCAAGGCGGAACAAGAUGCGGCUCACUACAACCAUGAAUCACUGAGUAGGAACUCCCAGGCACUGGAUGCCCAGUUCCUCAGGGACAAGGCCAUGAAAGAAGAGGACCGACAAGGUCGAAUCGAAGCUGACCAAAACCUGCUUGGUUACAGUGGCGGCGUCAAGGAGGACGAUCUAAAGUUAGCCGAACUAAAGAAAGAGGAUAGGCUGAAGAAAGAGGCGGCGGCCGAGUUGAACCGUGGGUACAAGGGAGGAGUGAAGGAGGACGAUCUAAAGUUGGCGGAACUAAAGAAAGAGGAAAGGUUGAAGAAAGAGGCAGCCGCAGAGCUGAACCGCGGGUACAAAGGAGGCGUGAACGAGGAGGAUUUGAAAUUGACAGCCAUCAAAAAGGAAGAGCGACAACAAAAGCAAGCAGCUGAUGAACUGAAUCACUCCUAUGCUGCUGGACUUGCGGCAAGCAACCUUCCUGCCACGACAUCGGAUGUAACAGAAGCCUCGCCUAGCACCGACAUUGAGCAAGCCCCGCCCGAGGAGAAGAAGGAGUCAACAUCCGCAGAUUGUUGA